AUGAAAAAGAAGAAAGAUAUUGUUGAAUCAAUUAAUGAUCCCGAUUGGGAUAAGGAUAGCUUUGAUGGCCUGGAAUAUCAUCCCUCUGAUGAUGAUAGUGAGUAUAUCGACGAGGACUUAGAGAAGAGGACCCGUUUUUACCAUCGCACGGUCAUCGAAACCAAGGGUUUCUUUGAGCCAUCGGAUGAUCUCCCACUUUGCCUCUGGGCUGGAAUUUCUGUAGUUUGGGAUCUGGAACAAGAAGUUCAUGAAGGCGUGACAUGUCGUCAGUUCUUAGCAGACAUGGCUUCUCUGUGCCUUGAAAAAUAUAACAAACGAAAGGGAUUGAAUGUGAAAUUCGAGCAUAUCUUGAGGGCUAAUUUCUACCCAGGGGGCUUCACAAAGUACUACAUUACGUUUGCUGCAAGAGAGUCUGAUUCUUUUGAUGCACCUUUAGUGGAGUAUCAAGCUAAGGCUGGGAGGUCUGCAGGCAAGACUUAUCCCAUCCUUUGCAGACCAAGUCCUACACCAAAAUAG